AUGACCUUGAGUAUAGUUCCAGUAUUGGCAGCUUCUUCUGCUCCUUCAGCGUUGAACCAAGCCUUGCUUGUAGGGCGUGGAGGGGCGGCAAUCCUGGCAGCUUCAGGGGCAUCUUCUCUUAUAGAUCCAGCCAUCACAGCACUCAGAGGUGGAGAAUCGAAGAAAGUCUCAAAGUCAGAAAAAAAGCUACAAAUAACGAAAGAGGGAAAGUCAGUACUUUGCAUGGCCAUCGCCAUGAGUUUGCACUAUCUCGGUUACAGUUUUGCUCGGCCCAUCACUGUGGCUCUUUUCACAUCGGCGUCUACAGGCUACCCUGGUGUUCCUGGCGCAUAUCCAUUCACGAUGGCUUUCGUGAGUCCACUGUCGCUCAUUCUACUGAUGGGAUACGGGAAAGUUCUCGAAAGGGAUGGUCCUCGCAGAGCACUGAAGAAAACGACUUUCUUGUGUUCGAUAGCUAUUCUCAUGGUAUCUGCUCUCGUGGAAGCCACGCAACGAAGUGGAGCUGCUUUCUGGGGAAUUCCAGCCAUGAAAUUCAUCACUGGACCACUGUAUUUGUUUCGCGAGAGCUACGUCCAACUCAUUACGAGCCAGUACUGGUCAUUCAUGGCAUCUGUCUUAACUCCGAAUCAAAGCGCCAAGUGGUUCGCUCCAAUCGCCGGAUUGACAAGUAUCUCCUCAGCGGCUGGAGGUAUGGCAGUAUCAGGUCUGACCAAAAAGCUGAAGCUAUCUGGCACCUUAGCAUGCACAGGUCUUGCGUUGCUUUCUAGUAUCGUUGCGACAGAGAAAGCCUAUUCAAUUGCAGAAGUAAAUGGCUUCAGUCCAGAGCAUGGCCCGCAAAAAAGCAAAAAGUCGAAAGGAAAGGGCAGAAUGAAGGCUGCUGAAAAGAAAGAAGAAAAGGAUGGUAUGGUUGACAAUGCAAGGAAACUCUUUAAAAGGGUUCCUGUGCUAAGGGCUCUAUUUUUCGAAAUCCUUGCGUCGCAAGGGCUCGCUACUCUACUCAAUGUCUGCUUUGUUCAAAGCCUGGGCAAGUCAAUUCCGGACGACACAGAAAGAGCUGGCUGGGUUGGAAACUUCUAUGCUCUGAUCAAUCUCAUCAGUAUGUCACUACAAUUCGGCGUGCUUCCUCUGCUGAUGCAAGUGAUCGAGCCAAAGGAUCUCUGGAGAUCUAUCCCGGUUAUCUCGCUUGCAUGCAUUACAUUCCAAUCGCUGCAGCAUGAUCCAUCACUUUACGUUGUCAGUUUGUCGCUAUUGGUAAUGAAGGUGCUCGAAUAUUCGGCUCGGAGAAUGCUCGAUGAGAUGGUCUACGUUCCUUUGGAUUUCGAGAGCCGAUUUGUCGGAAAGGAAGUCAUUGGUGUAUUUGGGUACAGAUUCGGAAAGUCAUUGAUGUCCCUUUCAUUGUCAGGACUCACUUCUGCGUUUGGAAAUUUCAGCCUUCGUCAAUUAUCCAUGUUCUGUCAACUUGCGGGACUCGGAUGGGCAAAAACUGCAUGGGAUCUCAGUGCUCUUGUCCCCACUCAGAAGGAGGCCCAAGACUCAUACAAUAGCUCGCACAAGAAGUAA